CCCAAAACGAGUGCGAUCCGCGUGAUUCUACUUUGCGUUUCUGAGUGUUUCAACAAAAAUAAAUAAAAGAGUCAAUUCCUCCUCCCUGUAAGCGACGGCUACAAUCCUAAAACCCGUUGAACCACUUUGUUUCUCUCUCAUAAUCAUAAUCAUCAUUUUUGUUUAGUUUAACACUUUCCAACUUUAUCAUCCAUCUUGAUCUGCUUUCAUCUCUCACGUUUGUCUGUAUCAUCAGUGCCUAUGUCGAUGUCGGAUUCCGACACUUCUUCGCAAGGCAGCAGUGCUGACUACAAGAAUUUCCGACAGAUUACUCGUGAUCGAUUAUUAUACGAAAUGCUCCGAUCUACCAAAACUGGGGACUCAAAAUCGACGUGGAAGGUACUUAUCAUGGAUAAAGUGACUAUAAAAAUAAUGUCGUAUGCUUGCAAGAUGGCAGAUAUAACAGAGCAAGGAGUUUCAUUGGUGGAAGACAUUUACAAACGAAGACAACCAUUGCCCUCCAUGCAUGCCAUAUACUUUAUGCAGCCAACUAAAGAGAAUGUUGGCAUGUUCUUAUCUGAUAUGGCCGGAAAGUCACCUCUGUACAAAAAAGCAUUUGUCUUUUUUAGUUCACCUAUUCCACAAGAAUUGGUCAGUUACAUACGGAGGGACACAAGUGUAGUAUCUCGGAUAGGUGCACUGAGUGAGAUGAAUUUGGAGUACUUCGCGAUAGACAGCCAGGGAUUCAUAACUGAUAAUGGAUCAGCUUUAGAAGAACUUUUUGGCGAUGAGUCAAGUUCUCGCAGAGCAGAUGAACGUUUGAAUGUAAUGGCUACCCGGAUUGCUACAGUUUUUGCUUCACUGCGGGAAUUCCCUUUUGUACGCUACCGUGCUGCCAAAUCACUUGAUACCGACACGAUGACUACUUUUCGUGAUUUAGUCCCUACAAAACUUGCUGCAGGGAUUUGGAAUUGCCUUGUAAAAUAUAAAUCGAAGAUUAAAGACUUCCCACAGACAGAGACCUGUGAGUUGCUCAUCCUGGAUAGAUCAGUUGACCAGAUUGCCCCUAUUAUACAUGAAUGGACGUAUGAUGCAAUGUGUCAUGACUUGCUUAACAUGGAGGGAAAUAAAUAUGUGCAUGAGGUAGCAAGCAAAGCAGGUGGACCUUCUGAAAAGAAGGAUGUGCUACUAGAGGAUCAUGAUCCCAUAUGGCUAGAGCUUCGCCACGCACAUAUAGCAGAUGCUAGUGAGCGGUUGCAUGCUAAAAUGACGAGCUUUGUGUCAAAGAAUAAAGCUGCACAAAUCCACCAAGGUUCAAGAAAUGGUGGUGAGUUGUCUACUCGUGACUUGCAAAAAAUGGUUCAAGCUUUGCCGCAAUACAGUGAACAAAUUGACAAGCUAUCACUCCAUGUAGAUAUUGCUGCUAAGAUAAACAGAAUAAUAGUGGAGUUAGAUCUCAAAGAUUUGGGAAAAUUGGAGCAGGAUCUUGUUUUUGGUGAUGCAGCAACCAAGGAUGUUAUCAACUUUCUACGAACAAAACCUAAUGUAACACGUGAAAACAAGUUGAGGCUAUUGAUGAUUUAUGCUGCACUUCAUCCAGAGAAACUUGAGGGUGACAAAAUAAAAAAAUUGAUGGAGUUAGCAAGAAUACCACAAGAUGACAUGAAUGCUGUGUACAAUAUGAGGUUUCUUGAGGGAUCAUCGAAUACAAAAAAGAGUUCAAGUGUCACAUUCGGUCUCAAAUUCGAUGUUCACAAGAAGAAGAAUGGCUUCAGAAAAGAUCGUACUGGUGAAGAGAUGCCAUUUCAACUGUCACGUUUUUACCCCAUGAUAGAGGAACUAAUUGAAAAGCUCAACACAGGUGAACUACCAAAGAAUGAUUUUCCGUGUAUGAAUGACCCCAGCCCAACUUUCCAUGGAACCUCACAGGGUGCAACAGCAAGAGUGGGUCAACCACCUGCACCUCAUUCAAUGAGAUCAAGAAGGACAGCUACAUGGGCUAAGCCUCGAGCCUCUGAUGAUGGCUAUUCUAGCGAUUCAAUUUUGCGACAUGCAUCUAGUGAUUUCAAGAAAAUGGGGAAACGAAUAUUUGUUUUCAUUGUCGGCGGAGCAACUCGAUCUGAGCUACGAGUAUGUCACAAGUUGACAACCAAGUUGAAGAGGGAGGUUGUCCUAGGAUCAACUAGUCUUGAUGACCCUCCACAAUUCAUCACGAAAUUGAAGCUCAUGACAGCCAAUGAACUAUCAUUAGAUGAUCUUCAGAUAUAAGGAUGAGUCUGUCUUGAAGCUGGAAAAGCAAUAGCUCUCAUGCUUUGCAUGUCCUUUGUAUCUACUAGUUGAACAUAUUCUUUAUUGAUUAAUUUACCAUCGGAUGUAUACGCCAUUUGCAAAGUAGAGCAUGCUGAACCAGUUCGAGUUCCAGAAAAUCCCAGGGUCUGUAAUAUAUUGCCAUCAUGAUUAUCUGUUGAUGAACAUGCCAAAUUCAUAGGUAAAUGGUUUGCGA